GUUCCCCGCUCCCUCAGCUCUGUCUGCUUGGAUCCCUGUUUGUUCCUCCCCAGGCUCUGGCCACCGACGGCUGUCAACUGGUCUCUGAGAUUUGUCUCGGCUGGUCCCAGCGCGCUGUCUGCCGGUCCCUGACAGGUGAUAAAUAACACAGGUUAUGCGGAAAUGUGGAGGUGUCCACUGCGUGUUGGACGAAAGGCGACAGUGACAGAUGGCCACCAAGCCCAUGGAUUUAUUGGCAGAGCUUCAGCUCCUGGAGAAGGCAUCUACCCUUGAGCGUCUUCGUGCGGCCAAGAAACGGAGAGAGCAGCAGCUGAAGAAGUGGGCACAGAACGAGAGAGAAGAGGAGAACCGGAGGAGAAGGCAGCAGAGGGCCAGGAUUAAGACCCCGACCAGGAGCAAGAGAGUAUCAUUCCCUUCUCGAGUCACACUUCAUGAGGCAUGCUUGAGGAACGACCCUGAGGAAGUUCUCUCCCUCCUCCAGAGUAAUGUGGAUCCCAACCUGUGCAAUGAAGACGGUCUGACUGCUCUGCACCAGUGCUGCAUCGAUAACUAUGAAGAUCUCCUCAAGCUGCUGUUGUCACACGGGGCCAACGUCAACGUCAGAGACAAUGAACUGUGGACCCCUCUCCACGCGGCAGCCACCUGCGGUCACACCAACCUGGUGCGCAUUCUGAUCCAGCAUGGUGCUGACCUGCUGGCGGUGAACGCUGACGGGAACAUGGUUUAUGAUCUAUGUGAAGACGAAGCCACCCUUGACGUUAUUGAAAGCUGCAUGACUUAUAAAGGCAUCACACAGGAAAUGGUUAAUGAAGCCAGACAGGCUCCAGAGAAUAACAUGCUUGAUGAUGUCAGAGCUCUCAUAGUAGCCAGACAGGACCUGAACAAGAAAGACAGCCAAGGGGCCACUCUGCUUCACAUAGCUGCCUCCCGGGGCUAUGCAGAGGUGGCUGAGAGCCUGCUUGAGAACGGAAGCCAAGUUGAUGUGAGGGAUUCGGACGGCUGGGAGCCUCUGCAUGCCGCAGCGUUUUGGGGUCAGAUCUAUGUAGCAGAGAUUUUGGUGUCUCAUGGUGCCAGCUUGAGCACUAAAACAUUCCUGGAUGAAACUCCUUUGGAUCUGUGUGAAGACGAGGAACUGCGAUCUCUGCUCCUGGAGCUCAAGCACAAGCACGACCUCAUUAUGAAGUCUCAGCAGAAGAACAAGUCCUCUCUAAGCCGCAGGAGCUCCAGCACCGGGAGUCAUGGUAAGGUUGUACGCCGGGCCAGUUUGUCAGAGCGGACAAAUCUGUACAGGAGAGAGUACGAGAAGGAGGCAGUGGUGUGGCAGUGUCUAGUGUCUGCCGAAGACCCCGACACAACACAAGAUGAGGAGGACAGCAGCCCAGACAUGCAGAGGAGAGACAUUAUGGAUUCUACACCAGCCUUAGGACCCAUGGACAACUUUCCAGAACCUCAAUACAGGAACGGUUAUUGCUCGCCCCUUCCUCCUUUCUACUGUCCUCCAUCCAUCACAGACAAAUCUAUUCCCACCCCAAUAACCAAUGGUAACAUCAGCCAUUCUCUUUCCGUAUAUAACUCUGGACCUUUAUGGAGCAGCGUUCUGAACCAACCCCCCAUCACCCUAUCAGAGCUAAAGAAGCAAAGGGCGGCAGCCAAGCAAGGAAGGUACCCUUUAUGGUGUAAUGGCGACUCUCAGCAAACCGGUGCCAUAGACUACCCUAGUGAGCCUGAUGCGUCACCUUGGUGUUUUAAUAGCACCCCUGUGUAUUAUACCCCAACCAGUGGAGAUCCCCCCAUCCUCAGAUUAAAGUCCCCCAUGGAAGAUGACAUAGAGGACGAGGGCAAAAUUCUAAGAUGCUGUCGGUUAUCCUAAAAUCCAUUCAAAAUGUAUCGGCUCCUUGAAGAAAGACGUUAUCUAUAAUCCCACUUUCCCCUGUUUGAAAGAGCCUUGUGUAACAUACGCAGGCAUAGAAGUAAACGUUUACAUACCUUAAUACAGCAUAAGAUGUAAGAUACUGGUUUCUAUCUGCUAGGGGGAAGCAUUUUGGCAUUGCACACGCUCUUCAAGGGGAACUAUGACCAAGUAGAUAUAAAUGUAUAUUAUUAUUAUUUAUUGUUUUAUGUAGCGCCAUCAUAUUCUGCAGCGCUGUACAAUGGGUAAACAUGAAAUAACAAGUAGUAAAUACCAUAAUAACAAUUCGAUUUACAGGUAAGGUUGACGAUCACACUACUUGUUUCAGGGUCAGCGCUUCACCUGGGGGAGAGGUGGGAUCUUUAAUUUACAUCUUUAUUUCUAGUUAAUAACAAAAAUGACUAUAGCGGUAUUCGCCUAAAAGACGUUGGUUCCUUUUAUUGGGCCAACCAGUUACAUAAGCUUUCAGGACCUCAGGAGUCUCUCCUUCAGUCCAACGCCACAAUUUCCCAGAUACAGUCAUUAGCGGCAGCAGGAAGUAUAGCGUGCAAACAGAAAUGACUUCCCCCAGUCUGCACAAAAAAAAAAACCUGGUUCAUUUUUAAAGUUCUUUAAAGGUGUGGAAAUAGUUACAAAUAUGUCUGAAUACAGCCAAAUGUUCUUCAUGGUGUCAAAAAUGUAUUCUAGAUAUACCUUAAAGUACUGCAAGAACAGUAAACUGCAGUAUAUUGUAUCUGUGUUUUACGCAGAACAAGGUGUACAUGUAUACAGAUGAACCUAUGUGUACCUCGAUAUAUACAGAACAGCCUAUAUAUCUGUAUAUAUAGUGGCCAAUGUAUACUUGUAUAUAAAGAGCCACGUAUGCCUGUAUAGCCAGCUAUGUCCAUCUGUAGGAAGAACCGUAUGGACAUGUAAAUAAACAGAUUUAUGUAAACAUGUAUAUACAAUUCUAGAAGAAUGCCUUGUAUUUAUAUUUCAGAUGAUAUAUAUAUAUGUGGCUGGGUGUGUAUAUCUGUAUAUUCCAAUGUCUCUGAUAUAUGCUUAAGGAAAAAAAGUGUAAGUUUAUCACAGAAAGCAGCCACACAUGCCAUACUAAUUUGAUAAAGUUUGCCCUCCCAGCAUUUUUUAUUCUGCAAUUCCAGAUAUGGCCACAGGGGGCAUUGGGAAUAUAGAAGGUGGAUCCUUUACAAGCUCCAUUGUGGCCAUUAGUACAUUACAUUUACAGAGCUGGUGUCAUUUCGGACACCGCAAACCAAAAGAAAGGCCAAAUGGUGCAUUUAAAGCAAAAUGGACAUAGUCGGGGGGGGUGGCAUGAUGUGUGACUACUAUGCAGAACAUCACUGUCACACUAAGCCACACAUUUUACAAUUAAAUUUAAUUAAUUCUGCACUAUUUCCAUUUUGUAAUAAAAUAUGUUUUAAACUA